CCCCACCACCAGCUCUGCAGGCCGGGGCCAGGCGUGGGUCCCGUCCUUUCCCCCACCCGGACUCUGCGCGUGCGCCCGCCCGGCAGCCGGCGGCCGCGGUGUCCGCUGCAGCCUGCCGCCAGGGUGUCGCGCCGAUGCACGGGCCGCAGCGCGGGCCACGAUGACAGAUUACGGCGAGGAGCAACGCAACGAGUUGGAGGCCCUGGAGUCCAUCUAUCCCGACUCCUUCACAGUAUUAUCAGAAAAUCCACCCAGCUUCACCAUUACUGUGACGUCAGAGGCUGGAGAAAAUGACGAAACUGUCCAGACUACUCUCAAGUUUACAUAUAGUGAAAAAUACCCUGAUGAAGCUCCCCUUUAUGAAAUAUUCUCCCAGGAAAAUCUAGAAGAUAAUGAUGUCUCAGACAUUUUAAAAUUACUGGCAUUGCAGGCUGAGGAAAAUCUUGGCAUGGUGAUGAUCUUCACUCUUGUGACAGCCGUUCAGGAAAAGUUAAAUGAGAUUGUCGAUCAGAUAAAAACCAGAAGAGAGGAAGAAAAGAAACAGAAAGAAAAGGAAGCAGAAGAAGCAGAGAAGAAACUGUUCCAUGGCACUCCUGUUACGAUUGAGAAUUUCUUGAGUUGGAAGGCCAAGUUUGAUGCAGAACUCCUGGAAAUUAAAAAGAAACGGAUGAAAGAAGAAGAACAAGCCGGGAAAAAUAAACUAAGUGGGAAACAGUUAUUUGAAACAGAUCAUAAUCUUGACACAUCUGAUAUCCAGUUCCUGGAGGACGCCGGGAACAACGUGGAGGUGGAUGAGUCCUUGUUCCAGGAAAUGGAUGACUUGGAACUGGAGGAUGCUGAGGACGAUCCCGACUACAAUCCUGUGGCCCCAGGGAGCGACUCCUCAGACUAACAGACUGUCCCUGACUCCAGAGAGGCAUGACUGCCACAGCAUCUGUGGCUAUGCUGAGAGGGUUUGGAUCUUCCUUUCAUUUUUUUCUAAGAAAAAACCAUAUUUUUCAGGAGAAUAUUCUUCUGAUAGCUUUCAACAUUGAACUUAAUAAACUGCCCAUAAAAUUUCAAAUAUAAAAUGUUUACUUCCUCUUAUUGAUGAACAGUUUAGAUAUUUAAAAUCAUUUAGUGAUGGAGAGAGCCCUCCCUCGUAACACAUAGGCUGCUGCUGUACAUGUGUGGGUUUACAAAUGAAGAAUUGGAGUAACUCAGGGUUUUUAUGUUGGAGUCCGUGGUUAGUUUGGGUUCCAAGUGUCUUACAAGAAGAUUCCAGUGAAUACAACAGUAACAAUAAUAAAGCACAAUAAUUUUGAGUCUUAACAAAAUUAGGAGCUCAAAUAUCAUGGAGGGAGGAAUAAAUAGACUUUAUUAUAAUGGUGGCAGUAUUUGAGUCAGAAUUGGAGGGCUUUGAGGCAUGCACCCCUGGGCACUUCUCCGCUUAGAUCCACAAACUGGGUCCCAAUCUGAUCUAAAAAUAGUUGUCUUGUUACAGCAGUUCUAUGGGUAUUCUAACAUACAUUCCCGAUUGAGCACUGCGGUGUUGGUGUGUCCUACCAGGAUUAGUGUGUUCCCUGCCAGUUAACUAGUCCAGAGGGUCUAUUGGGACUUCGUUACUGGUGAGAAAUACAUCCAGAUACAUGUGUAUGGGAUGUCGUCUUCAUUUAAAUUGAGGUCGUUUGGGGGGCAUCAGGUAGGAGAGCCAGGCUUCCAGGAAGCUGUCCGUUCACUACCGUUUUAGAAGGUUGACUUGACUAGUGGAAAUCACUUGUGCUAGUCCAAGUAGCAAAAAUAUGUCUGUUGUGGACCCACAAACGGAGUAUUGAUCUCACAGAUAGUUUAGGAGUGAGACUUAGGAGUAAAAUCAAACUGUUUAUAAUAAAACUAUCAUGGAAUUUAA